UCAAAUAUCGGAAAUUGUCAAAACUUAAAAGCUCUAAGACUGCUGUCUAACCUCAAAUUAUUCUUGUUAUUGUUUUAUACAAGAUAGGUAUCGUGUUGUUAUUUAUUCAGAUAGAUAUUAAAUAAGUUUAACUUAGUAAAGAAAAAAAAACAUGUCCAAAGAAGGAUCAUUCAGUAAACAAGAUACAGAAGAGGCAGUUGUGAACUUUCUUAAGACGAAUGUACCUAAAUCUGAUGUUCCUAAAGUUGACACGGAGUUAAAGAAAAAUUUUGUCCUAGCAAAAAUAAAGAGCAAAGACCAGAAAAAGAAGGCGAAGAAGAAGAAAAUACACAGCCUAACUAGAAAGGAGAAGGCAAAACUAGGGUUUUAUGUUAUACCAAGAAACAGUGUUAAUUACAACGAAAUUCUACCACUGAAUCAAAUCUGGGAACAUUACAUGAGUCAGAUUAUACAAACAAACAGGCAGGUUCCUCAUGUAAACAGCAAAAGUUGGGAGAACUAUACUCAAACAAUUUACAAAGCCGAUUUUCACGGCAGUCGUUUACUAGUAGCUAGGUCAAAAUGUCCCAGUUAUGUUGGUAAAAGUGGAAUAUGUAUUAUGGACACAAAAAACACAUUCAAGAUUGUUUCAGAAGAUAACAAGGUCAUAACUAUACCGAAAAAAGAGUGUGUAUUUGAAAUGAUGUUAAAGAAUUUCCGAUUUACUAUAUUCGGGAAACACUUGUGUGCAAGGCCUGCUGAAAGAUCAACUAAAAAGAUUAAAAGCAUUCUGCAUCCGGAUUUGUGAUUUGUAUUUAAAUAAAGAAGUAUACAUAAAUAA